AUGGUCAAAUUAGCAAUUUUAGGUUGUGGGAAUAUAGGAUUCUUCUUAGCUGCAAAUAUCCUUCAUCAUUAUUAUCCACUUUCAAAUAAAAAGGAAAAUGUUGUGAAUAAAAAUGUUGCGAAUGAAAAUGUUGAAUUAUUAUUAGUUGGAAGACAAAGGUUACUCGACAAAUUAAAUGAAGCGAGAGAAAUAUUAUUAACGACUUACAAUGGGACAAAAAUUAUAGUUCCAAGAGAUCAUGUCAAUUAUGUUACGGAUGUAAAAAAGAUAAUCGAAUUUCAACCAGAUUAUCUAUUUGUUACAUUGAAAGCAACUCAAACUAUAGUGCCAAUUCAAAAUGGUGUUCAAAGUUUUGACUUAAUCAGAACAAACUUUCCCAAGUCUCAAAUAAUAAGUGGAAUGAUAGUCCAAAACAUAGCUUAUUCCAAUCCUUGUAAUUUCACCCAAACUUCCGAUGGUUCUAUAUUCUUCCAAUUAACCCCCUCUACACAUUUUAUUAAUUCCAUCUUAUCUAAUGCUGGAAUCGAUAUUAUAAUCGCCACGGAUAUAAAAAACGUUCAAUAUGGUAAACUAAUGUUAAACUUAGGAAAUGCUGUUACUGCAUUAGCCAGUUCACUUGAGCAAGUUUUGGAAUCAAGAACAUAUCGUCGUAUACUUGCAAUGUGUCAAUGGGAAGCCUUAGAAGUGUUUGAUAACUUUGAUAUUAAACCUAUAUCAUUUAGUCGCACGAUGCCAGUAAGGCUCAUGCCAUAUAUUUUAAAUGCUCCAGACUGGUUGUUUAAUAUUCUCAUCGUCAAUCUUCUUAAGAUGAAACCUAAAAGUUUAAGGUCUUCGAUGCUAGAAGAUUUUAUGUUAGGUAGGAAAACAGAGAUUAAAGAAUUACAGGGUGAAAUCGUUAGAUUAGGUAAAAUUAUUAAGAAGGAUAGAGAUGAAGGAGGAAUUAUAAUGGAUGGUGUUAAACUUGGGGGAGGUGAUCAUUCUUUAACACCUUACAAUCAUGGGAUUUUAGAGUUGGUGAAAUUGGUAGAAGAAUGGAUGGAAGAACAUAAAAAAGGAUGGAAUGUCCGAUUGGCAGCAGAUGAAGUUUUAGCAUUUAUCGAGCAUGGAAUUGUGCCUCAAGCUUUGCAAAUUUGA